AACUGGGAAUUUUUGAAUUUGCAAAAAUUGGAUGGUGAUUCUAGAUUAUGUUAAAUUAAGUAAAGUUUUGUGUUUAUUGGAUCGUCAUGGUUUUCUUUGUUGUUGAUAUCUAUUGGAUAAUCCGCAAAUCUGACUCUAAUUACAGUAGUUGUUUAAUUCAAUUGUAGGAACUGUUUGUAGUUCUUAAAAUAAUCUGUUUAAAGGAAAUCUUGCUUUUAUGCCUUUUUUCAUCCUUUUGUUGUAUGUAUUUAUCUUGAUUGUUUUGAGGUCUCAUUUGUAAAAUGUUGGAAACCACGGCAAUUUGGUGUCGCAAAGUUUGCAGGAAGUGGAAGGUCUUAGCCUCGGACAACAAUCUGUGGUGUAACCUAUUCAAGGAAAGAUGGGGAGGAGAUCGCGCCGCAUUUUAUGCCCCUGCCGAUUCAAGAUCUUGGAAAGAUGUGUAUGAGGUGCAAGAUCGAUGUGAUCGAGUUGGAUUGGGGUUGAAAAUAAUCAGAGAAGGCAUUGACUACAAUCUUGUUCACCAAGGUGAAGUCCAACGCUACUUGGGUUCCAGAAGUCAAAGAGGAGAUGAUAAUUGUACAUCCAAUUCUGAAGAAGAGGAAUCCAGGGAAGGCAUUCUGAACAGAAUCCUUUUCUUCAUUAGAGACUUGGAAGUUGCUUCAACGGAUGCCAAACGCUGCCGAAUGCUAUGAAUAUGAUGGUCUUGGAUGGCAACUGUUAAAGACUAUGCAUUAUCACUAUGUAGAAACAUUUGUAUAUUUAUUCCAGUUGUAAUGUAAACAUAUUCACAAAUUGAAACUCACACAUCAAGUUCAACAGGCCGGGGCCAUAACUUCCCC